AUGGAAGGCGAUUUUGUAGAAGAUCCUCCUGAUGACCUAGUUUGUCCAGUCUGUCUUCUGCCUUGUAAAGACCCGCACCUUAUCUCAUGCUGUGGGAGAAAACUGUGUCUAGCUUGUAUCACCGGAAUACAGGAUUCUGGCCUGGCUGAAGUAGCCUGUCCUUGUUGUAGGUCCAAUGAGUACGAAACAAUGAGAGACAAACUAGUGGAGAGGCGUGUGCUGGAUUUGAAAGUGUACUGUAAAUAUAAGGAAAAGGGCUGUACAUGGGCUGGUGAGCUAAGGGAUAUGGAGUUUCAUACUGAAGACUGUCUUUAUAGGGUUGUAUCCUGUAUAUAUAAUUGUGGCCUUUAUUGUACGCAGUUGGGCAUGUACAUUCACGAGAGGGAUACGUGUGACAAUAGGCCGGAAAUGUUACUCCAGAACGAAAUUAAAACUUUGAAGGAAAAAGUGUCGGCAUUAGAGAAGAAGUGCAAGGAAAAGGAUGGAGAGAAUGAGUCUCAGAGGCAGUUGAUUAAUCAAUAUAAACGGACUAUAUCAGAUAGCGAAACUCAUACUCAAAUUAUUCUCAGAGCAAAUGAUGAAGUCAAUCAGAAAUUUAUUUCUUGUACUGAGAGUAAAGAAGAGUUGCAAAGUCUUAAUGAACACUUAGAGGCUAAGCUUCACUCUUGCAAGAAGAAACAUAAAGUACUUCGAAAUGAAAUGAUGUCGUUGUUAAGAAGGAGUGGCAUUAAUGACAGUGACGAUGAAGAAGAUGAUGGCUUGUUGGAGGUGAUUGAGAAGAAGGAAAGGAAUGACAGCUUUGCAGACAUUGAGGAGUGUAGUACUAGUGUAGCAUCAAAGUCAGUUCAAUAUAAGACGCCUUUACCUUUUGAACUUUGUGAUGACAUAAUCUUUAAAAAGCAACCAGAUUUUGAGGAAGAAAAACCAUCAAAUGAUUUUAUAGUUCCAAAGGAAGAAGAUUGGUAA